AUGCUACCAAUCGCCAGACACUCCGUCUUGCGGGCAGCCCGCUCGCAUAUUUAUCCCACCCGUGCGCUGAACCAGUCGGCGUUGGCCCGCCUUCUCUCGACCCUCGCCGUCCUCGAACAGCGCGAUGGCAAGCUGCAGAACUCCUCCCUGUCUGCAAUUGCUGCGGCACAGAAGCUAGGUGGACCAGUGACAGCUUUCUUGGCCGGCGCUGGCGUCAAGGGCACUUCCGCCGCCGAGGCUGCUAAAAUCAAGGGUCUUGACAAGAUUGUUGCUGUGGAGAAUGACGCAUAUGAGAAGGGCCUUCCUGAGAACUUUGCCCCUCUUCUUGUCGAAAACAUCAAGAAGGGCGAAUACACCCACAUCGUUGCUGGACACUCGGCCUUCGGCAAGAACGUGCUACCCCGCGUGGCCGCUCUUUUGGACGUCCAGCAAGUCUCGGAUAUCACUGGAAUCGAGAGUGAAGACACCUUCGUCCGUCCCAUCUACGCUGGAAACGCCAUCCUGACCGUACAGUCGAGCGAUAACAUCAAGGUGAUUACCGUCCGAGGUACCGCUUUCCAGGGCGUUGAGACUGAAGGCGGCUCUGCCGAGAUUGUGGAUGGAGUGGACUCCAACGCCCCUGGGCUGACUGAGUGGGUGUCCGAGGAGCUGGCCAAGUCUGAGCGUCCCGAUCUCUCCACCGCAUCACGUGUUGUAUCCGGUGGCCGUGGUCUCAAGUCGAAAGAGGAGUUUGAUCGUAUCAUGCUUCCGUUAGCCGACUCUCUAGGUGCCGCUAUCGGUGCUUCCCGUGCUGCCGUGGACAGCGGCUUCGCUGAUAACAGUCUGCAGGUUGGCCAGACCGGUAAGAAUGUUGCUCCUCAGCUUUACCUCUGCGCCGGUAUCUCCGGUGCCAUCCAACACUUGGCUGGUAUGAAGGACAGCAAGGUUAUUGCAGCCAUCAAUAAAGACCCCGAGGCCCCCAUCUUCCAGGUUGCUGAUGUUGGUCUGGUGGGUGACCUCUUCGAUAAGGUGCCUGAGUUGACCGAGAAGUUGAAGAACGCUUAG